ACUUUUGUCUUAGGUUUUUGACAGUUAAUGACGUAUACCCCCUUGCUGAAGAUGGAUCCAGCGCUCUUAAGGGAACGGGAACUGUUCAGGAAAAAGGCACUUGCGACACCAACAGUUGAGAAGAAAAAGAAAGAUGAAUCUUCAUACAAAGAUGACAGUAAAAAGAAAGCUAAAUCUUCAAGCUCGGUCAGCGCAGCACCGAAGCUUGAAGGAUCAAACUACAAGACAAUGGCAGGCAGCUCGUCAUAUAGGUUUGGAGUACUCGCCCGUAUUGUCAGACACAUGAAGAGCAGACAUCAAGAAGGUGACGACCACCCUCUAACAUUAGAUGAAAUUCUCGAUGAGACUAAUCAAUUAGAUGUUGGAAACAAAAUCAAACAGUGGUUACAAACAGAAGCUUUACAAAAUAAUCCAAAAAUAGAAUGUACGAUGGAUGGUAAAUACAUAUUUAAGCCUGUAUAUAAAAUUAAGGAUAAAAAAUCAUUAUUAAGAUUACUGAAGCAACAUGACUUGAAGGGAUUAGGAGGCAUAUUCCUUGAAGAUGUUCAAGAAUCAUUACCACAUUGCGAAAGAGCUCUUAAAAGCUUAGCGCAAGAAAUAUUAUACAUUAUACGACCAACGGAUAAAAAGAAAAUAUUGUUUUACAAUGACAGAACAGCCACACUGGACGUUGAUGAAGAAUUUGUAAAACUUUGGCGUGCAACUGCUGUAGACGCUAUGGAUGAUGCUAAAAUUGAAGAGUAUUUAGAGAAACAAGGUAUCAAGUCAAUGCAGGACCAUGGGCCAAGGAAACCCAUUGUGCCAAAGAGGAAAAAAGUCAGUCAGAAGCGACGACAGUUCAAGAAACCAAGGGAUAACGAACAUUUGGCUGAUGUUCUUGAAACAUAUGAGGACAAUACGUUGACACAGAAAGGAGUUACUAUUAAGUGAAAUUAAUAAUAAAAUAAAUUAUAAUCAAA